CAUGUCUUGGUUAGCACAAAACUCUGCAUACCUAUAAGGGGUUAAUGUUAAGAUUACGGCAAGAAGGACAAUCGUGUCCUCAAGAGCUUGCAGUCUAAUCCUGUAUCUGCUCUGGUUGUUAAGGCCACAAAUACUGUGAAGAGCGAUUCAGUCUCCAUGUGGAGAGCAGAAUAUUUUGGACUGUCUGGACUCUGUCUGCUAUCACUAUGUGUGUGAUUUGUGUCAACAACUGAGACUCCUCGUCACUGCAGAGUCCCCGGCGUAUACAGGCUGGCAUAGAGGGUGAUAGGAAGCUGUCAGAUUUCUGGGUACAGUACCUGGACAACCUCGGAAUCUUAGUGAUGCUUGGAUACAGUGUUUGGAACUUCUAGGACUACUGACACAGCAACUUAGUGAUUCUUGUCGUCACGAGUUGUCAAAGACAUGGAAAGCGAACAUACACCAGCCUAAUCUUUUUUUAAUUUAUUUGGCUGCGAGAGUCGGAGUGGUGCAGAGUGCCCCAUGUUUUUGGGCGAGGAGAGGAGAACUUCUCACCCAGUUGGGUGGCAAAGGAACAGAGGGCUUUGCUGGAGGAAUGUCCUGGAACAAUUAUUGUGUUGUUUUCAGAGGAGGAAUGGAAAAAACAGAGUCUCGAACGAGAAGAGAGUUUGUGAGUUGCUCAUUGAGAAUAAGGAGAACGGUGGUGGACGGGUGAGCUGCAAGGCCACAGAGUGUGACAUGAAUGAAGACAGCCUGGAAAAUGGGGGCAGUAUGGACUUGGAGGCCCUGGAGAGCAGUCACAGUCCAGCACCAGACAACCCGUAUGAAAGGGAAAGAAGCACAAGCCGCGGUCUGAUGCCACACAAGGGGCUCCCAGAAAAAGCUGAGCUGUUGUCUUUAGAAGUGAAAAGGUCACAGCCGUUGUUAAUACAGAGCGGAAGAUGGGGGCGAUUACGAGAUGAGGAGUCACGAUCAUCAUCACUCCCUGACAUCCCAAAUCCAUUCCCAGAACUCUGCAACUCUUCCCCAAUCCUAAGUAACACACCCAACAGCUGUUCCCCUCUGGAAGGGGGGCCUCAUAUGGUGAAAGUAUAUAGUGAAGAUGGCACAUGUCGAUCACUAGAAGUGACAGCGGGAGCUACAGCGCGGCAUCUCUGUGACAUGCUGGUAGAGAGGGUGCACUGCAUAAGUGAUGAGAGCUGGUCCUUAGUGGAGCUUCACCCACAUCUAGGGCUCGAACGUUGCCUUGAAGAUCACGAGUCCGUGGUGGAGGUUCAGGCUAUGUGGCCUGCUGGAGGAGACAGCAAGUUCAUUUUUCGCAAGAAUUUUGCCAAGUAUGAACUGUUUCAGGGAUCUCCGUACGCCUUAUUCCCAGAGGACAUGAUUGCUGGAAAUCAAGAAGCACACAAAGGACUGUCUCACUCAGAGCUUAUACAGAACUUCCUCAAUUCAGGCAGCUGGCCCGAAAUCCAAGGCUACUUACAUAUGAAGGAGAGUGGACGCAAAGUGUGGAAACGCUUCUUUUUUUUCCUGCGCCGUUCCGGCCUCUAUUACUCAGCUAAGGGGACGUCCAAGGACCCUCGCCACUUACAGUAUUUUGCUGAUGUGAAUGAAUCUAAUGCCUAUUGCCUGACACAAGGAAAGAAACUGUAUAGUGCCCCCACCGAAUUCGGUUUUUGUUUAAAGCCUUACAAGAUGAGGAGUGGCACGAAAGGGUUAAAGAUUUUGUGCAGUGAGGACGAACAGUCUCGUACUUGUUGGCUUACUGCUAUCCGUCUAUUUAAGUAUGGAGCACAACUCUAUAAAAACUACCAGCUCUCCAGGAGAAGUCCACAGUCUUGGACAGACCUCAAAAAACAGCGCAGCGUAUCCGAUAGCACUUUGGUUCCCAUGGAUUUUUCGGGGUGCACUGGUCGCGUAAUAGAGAACCCUCUUGAAGCACUUUCAGUGGCCCUCGAAGAGGCCCAGUCCUGGAGGAAAAAAACUACCCACCGAUAUAGUCUACCCACACCGUGCCAGACAACCCCAAGUAGUGCAGUGAUACACAAGACUCAGCCGUGGUAUCAUGGGCGUCUGUCCCGAGAUGAGACUCAGCGAAUGAUAAUACAGCAAGGAAUGGCGGACGGAGUUUUCCUAGUGCGAGAAAGCACAAGAAACCCCAAAGGAUUCGUCCUGUCAUUGUGUCACGUACAGAAGAUCAAGCACUACCUCAUCUUACCGUGUGAGGAAGAUGGCAAACCUUUCUACUCAAUGGAUGAAGGACAAACCAAGUUUGUAGACCUUAUCCAGCUGGUCGAGUUCCACCAGAUCAACAGGGGUAUCCUACCAUGCACCCUCAAGCACUACUGCACUUCUGUAGCAUUGUAAAAAGGGUAUUGAUGACUACGAAAGCAAGGACAGAACAGACCUUUUGGAGAAAGCAAAUUACGGAUUAAGACGAAUGUUUCCACAAGGUGAUCGAUGCGACGCUGUGUAAGAGUUGGCACGAGUUUCGAGCUGGGAUUUGUAGAUUACCGUUUGAUUGUUACUGUGUGGAUCCAAAUCCUCGCCUGAGCGGCUGACGUUGUAUCAGGAAGCACAUAGUCAAUAAGCUAAAGUUUUUUUCUUUGUGAUGUUAUCGCCUUCGCAAGACUGUCAGGUGACAGCCCAAUGGCAUUUAGUGGCUAAAUUCCAGUGGAAAACAAGCUUUCCGUAAUCUCCUACACCCUCUGAGAGAUGGCAGGAGAAGAGCGCCCUAACUGGGACGGAAUGUUAAACGGUGCAUCUGUUGCUGAGGGCACUGUACUGUAAAUAUCUACAAGGCCAGUUCAUUGUCAAAUAUUUUAUAUAAGAAAUCGUAAACUAUAUUAUAUUUUUUUCCUCUAUUUUCUCUUACUUUGUACAGAAUUCUCUUAAUACAAUCUACAUAUGAAGAGGAGCAGUUUAUUUAUAUGUAUCCAAAAGUGUCACAAUAAUAAAAACAAAAU